AUGAACGAGUGUGAAAUGCUUAUAGCGCUGAUAAAGUUAGAAAUCGCCCGCGACAGUUUCAAACAGGAAGAGCGAGAGAUCAAGACUAGUGAAUCUCGGGGAAAGUUCGCGUCGGUACGCAAGAUCCGUCACCUGGUGUCGGGCGAGGAGUACGCCGCGAAGUUCAUCCGCAAGCGCCGGCGCGCCGCCGACACCACGCGCGAGAUCCAGCACGAGGUGGCCGUGCUGGCUCUGUGUGCAGACUGCACGCGCGUCGUCAGUUUACAUGAGGUGUAUGAAACGCGAUCAGAAGUCGCAAUUGUGCUAGAGCUAUGCGCGGGCGGUGAACUACAGAGACUCCUAGACGAGGAGGAGAGGUUGUCGGAGGGAGCAGCGCGACGUGCCCUACGCCACGUACUCGAAGGGCUGGCUCACUUGCACGCACGCAGGGUCGCCCACCUCGACCUCAAGCCGCAGAACCUACUGCUCUCCGCUGAUGGCGAAGAGUUGUUGAUAUGCGAUUUCGGAAUCAGCCGUGCGAUACAACCCGGAGCUCACGUUCGGGAAAUAUUGGGCACAAGAGAUUAUGUUGCGCCAGAGAUCCUAUCCUACGAGCCACUGUCCCUCGCCGCUGACAUCUGGUCGGUGGGUGUCUUGGCCUAUGUACUGCUCAGCGGGUAUUCACCUUUUGCCGGGGAUACGAAACAGGAGACCUACUUAAACAUCGCACAGUGCCAGCUAUCUUUCCCCCGCGACCUCUUCCGCGGCGUCUCUCAACGUGCCAUCCAGUUCAUCAGAGAUACUCUUGUCGUUGAUCCGAAGGGUCGUCUCACAGUGGAAGAGUGCCUGGAGCACCCCUGGUUGAAAGACGAGACGGACAUACCGCGAGCGAUCGUCGGCGUCGGAUUCGGGACCACAGAUAUCGCCAGCGAUGACGACACCGACACCAACCCGCACAGUGUUAACGGCGUCAACGGAAACGUUAACGGCGUCAACGGGAUCGGUUCCGUGAAUGGUACUAACGGCAUCACUUGUAACGGUACCAAUAGCGUCACAUCCGUCAACGACAGCGAGGAGGAGCGCGACAAGCCGCUGAAGCACGCGCACGGCCGCGACGUGACGCCGCCCUUCCCCGACGCGCCGUCCACGCCCAAGGUAUCGAGAAAGUCCCAUCCGCCGUCGGUGCUAGCGCUGUGCAAGAAGUUCCAGCCGGACUACGAGAAGCCGGCGAAGCUUUCGCACGCGAACGGUCACGCGCACACGCACACUCACACGCACACUCACACGCACACGCACACGCACACGCACGGACACGCGGAGUGCAGCGGCUGCGUGUGUCCGGCGCCGUGCCUGCACCUGCGCAGCGCCUGCGACCGCGCCGUGCUGUGCUAG